GCGUCUGUGCGCUCAGCAAGUUCAUGCUUUGUUGUGUUAAAAGUUUGCUUCUCCAAGACGAAGGCUGGCACUCUCUGCGCUCAUGAUGUAAAUUUGUCUUAUCAACAAUGGCCAAUGUCCCAGGCGUUCCUCUUGGUGCUUCCAAGGAGAAAAAAUCAUGUAGUAGCAGCGGUAGUGACUCUAGCAGCACGGGGGAGGAAGAGCGACUGCGAAGAUUAUUUCAGGCAUGUGAUGAAGACGGAGAUGGAUUGAUUGACAGUCAUGACUUGAAGAACAUGUGUCGUCUUCUUGGAAUGGAGGACUCUGCAGAAGAGAUUAUCACUCAACUUGGAGUCCAUGGCAAGAUUUCGUUUGAUGAGUUCUGUUUGUGUCGAACCCAACUGAUGACUGAGCUGGAACAAGACCGUCUGCAGGCACCUGUCCCUGAUAUGUCCACUCUCCCCCCCUCUCUGCCCAGUCCAGCCACACCUGAUGUUGACCGCCAGCACUGUGUUCAGUCACCAUCUUGGAGAACAAGCUCAGAAAACAGCUUAGUGUCAGGAGGAGGCAAGCCAGAGAGCCUGGACUAUGACAGUGGUGCUCAAGAUCUGCACCUGGAACCCACCAGUCUUCAGCGCCUCAUAGAGCACCACAACCCGGGAGUCAUCUCAGAGCUCAUGGAGAACCCCAGGGGGCAGCACAGUCAGGAGGCGGCCUCACACUUUCUGGAAAUUGCCAACUCGUCUAUUGUAUUGUGA